AUACAAUUGAGGAAUAAUUGUUUCACUUCUAAUUUUAAAAAGUCGAAGAAAAUGGCAUCGUUUUCUUCUCAUCUCUCCGCUAUCCCUCAACGCCUGUCCAUAACCUCAAAUUCCUCCUCUCCAGUCACCUCGACCUCAAAAUCGUUUAGAUUUUGUGUGAGAUCAAGUUUGGAAAAUGAGAGCAGCACUCAAGGUCAUUCGGACAACUUGGCAGAGCAAAUCAAUACAAAGGGCUUUCAAGUAUCAACUACAAGGCGCUGGUGUCUUACAUGUUUGUGUUCUACAGUUGCAUUGAUCAGCAAUUCUGGCACCUCUAUAUUUGUGCCACAGGCAAUUGCUUUGGAUGGAAAGGAAAGAGCAGUUUGCCGGAAUUGUCAAGGAAGUGGUGCUAUUUUCUGUGAUAUGUGUGGUGGUACCGGAAAAUGGAAAGCUCUCAACAGAAAACGCGCUAUAGAUGUCUAUGAGUUUACAGAGUGUCCUAAUUGUUAUGGCAGAGGGAAGCUUGUGUGUCCUGUUUGUUUAGGGACUGGUUUACCAAAUAACAAAGGUCUUCUUAGGAGGCCAGAAGCAAAGAAAUUACUUGAUAAGAUGUACAACGGGCGAUUACUGCCAAACUCUUGACUCGAUAUACAAAUAAUUAUGCUUCCAUUGCCAAUGUUAUAACGUGAAAUGGCUCGAGAAUGCAAACUACAUAAGCUUGGCAGAUGUGGUUGAUGUAUCCUUCUUGAACUCUUGCAGUAGGGGCUUUCUGACCGUGAUGAAGCAUAGCAAGAAGAAUAAUGGCUGUAUUCAUUGUACUGUGGGUGCUGACUCGGAGCUCACUCUGGAGGAUAGGGCUGAAGUAGCUUAAACUUUGAUUUCAUGCAUGACUAUACUUUUUUUUUGCAAUUGGAGAUCAGUAGGCAGGCGGUACAUCAGCGACAAAUUUGUAACAAGCUAAUUAUCUACGCAUUACCUACAGAGCUAUGGAGCAAAGAUGAGAGGCUAUCUUCUAUGUAGCUUCACGGCACAGAAAAACUAUUGGAUCAUAGGGCAUGAUAUCUUUUUAAACAUCUAUUUAUGUAUGAAUGGUGCAUUCUAAAAGUUGAGUCUGUUGUUGGGGUCCUCUAAA